AUGGUUCGAACUCCAGCCCGAAGACGUGCUCGCGACACCACACCAUGCCUCACGUCGCAUGAGCCGAGUGGCACUGACGAUACGACCCAUCUGCGACUUAUGGGAGUAGGAGCUCGAUUUGGAAAGACUCAAGGUCAAUUCGAUGCUUUCAAUAGCAGACCUGACCAGGUUAGCCUGCGUGGAAGCUCUAUGGGCAUCUGCACUAGCGAUGCUGCUUCAAAAGACAGUUACUCCGGUUGUUUUCCAAAACGCGAGAAGGAUUCAUACGUCACCCCUGCAAACAUAUCGCUCGGGUACAGCACUCCAAGAGAGGCGACGGGGCCGAGGAGCCACGAACUAGUAUACGAACACACUUCUCAGCCCGGGAAAAAGAACUUGGUUCAUCUAUUCGAGGAGUGGUUGCCAGGAUCUAGCUUCCACUUCCCUCAAAGAAUGGGGAUGGGAUCGUUCAGCAAACGAUACGACCCGAUCGCCGACGAGCCUCUCAGCUCGCGGGCAUGGACUCUGCAGGAACGUCUGCUUUCUCGGCGUCUUAUCCACUACGCCCGCGACCAGAUGUACUUUGAAUGCGAGACUUGUAUCCAGUCCGAAGAUGGAUUCACGUUUGGUGACAUCUACUUCGGGAUGAAACGCCUUCUAGAAACGCAGCGUAUAUCCCAUAAGCAGCACGGACUUUCCCAGACAUCCGGAAUCUCUUCCAUCGUCGGCCAGGAGGCUGGGGGGAAGUACCCUGGAAUUAGGUAG